GCACCCACUGCAGCCAUGGGGGACACCGCCAUCCGCCACAUCGCCCUACUGGGCUUCGAGAAACGCUUUGUCCCCAGCCAGCACUACGUGUACAUGUUCCUGGUGAAGUGGCAGGACCUGUCAGAGAAGGUGGUUUACCGGCGCUUCACUGAGAUCUAUGAGUUCCACAAAACGCUCAAAGAAAUGUUUCCUAUUGAGGCUGGAGAUAUCAACCCUGAGAGCCGGGUGAUCCCGCACCUCCCAGCCCCCAGGUGGUUUGACGGGCAGCGAGCGGCAGAGAGCCGGCAGGGCGCUCUCUCCGAGUACCUCCACACGCUCCUGGCGCUGCCCACGAAGAUCUCGCGCUGCCCACACCUGCUCAACUUCUUCAAGGUGCGCCCGGAUGACCUGAAGCUGCCCACAGACAGCCAAGCUAAAAAGCCAGAGACGUACCUGAUGCCCAAGGAUGGCCGAGGCAAUGCAGCAGACAUCACAGGCCCCCUCAUCCUACAGACCUACCGCGCCAUCGCCACCUACGAGAAGAGCUCGCCCUCUGAGAUGGCGGUGACCGCGGGCGACGUGGUGGACGUGGUAGAAAAGAGCGAGAGUGGUUGGUGGUUUUGCCAGGCAAAGGCGAGGCGUGGCUGGGUCCCGGCGUCCUUCCUGGAGCCUCUGGACAGCCCAGAUGAGGCAGAAGACCCUGAGCCCAACUAUGCAGGAGAGCCCUACAUUGCCAUCAAAGGCUACACUGCGGUGGAGGAGGAUGAGGUGUCGCUGUCCGAGGGGGACGCCAUCGAGGUCAUCCACAAGCUUCUGGAUGGCUGGUGGGUUGUCAGGAAGGAGGACGCCACCGGCUACUUCCCGUCCAUGUACCUGCAGAAGGCGGGGCAGGCCCCGGCGCAGGCCCCGCGCCCCGGCCGGGGCAGAGGCGCCCCGCCUCGCAGAUCCACCAUUCGCAACGCGCAAAGCAUCCACCAGCGGGCACGGAAACGCCUCAGCCAGGACGCCUACCGCCGCAACAGCGUCCGCUUCCUGCAGCAGCGCGGCCGACAGAGCCCGCAGCGUAAGCAGAGGCGCGGCCCAGGGCGGAGCUGGUCAGGCUGGAGGGCGCUGAUAGGGCCCAGGGUAAUGGCGCGGAGCCAGAGAGGCGAGGACCGGAGGGCGCUGAUAGGCUGGGGCCUAGGCAAUGGGGCGGAGCCAUGCAGCUUGGUGGGCGGAGUCAAGGGCGGGGGCGGGGAGAGUCGACCGAGUACCCAAUGGGCGGGGACAAGCAGGGCGGACGGGGCGGGCUCCUGAUCCUGGCCCUGCCCCCAGGGGCCAGCCCUCAGACGCCGCCGCGCGCGAAGCCGCAGCCUGCCGUGCCCCCGCGGCCCAGCGCCGACCUCAUUCUGCACCGCUGCAGCGAG